CCCGGCGGCCUGCACGCACUAAGCACACUGGGAGCCACCAUGGCAGACAAUCCAGUGUUGGAGCUGUUGCUGCGGCGACUGGAGGCAGCUGAUGGCGGCCUGGACAGCGCGGAGUUGGCUACGCAGCUGGGCGUGGAGCACCAAGUGGUGGUGGGCGCCGUGAAGAGCCUACAGGCUCUGGGUGAGGUUAUUGAGGCUGAGCUUCGUUCCACCAAGUGCUGGGAGCUGACUGUUGAGGGUGAGGAGAUUGCUCGGGAGGGCAGCCAUGAGGCCCGUGUGUUCAGAAGCAUCCCUCUUGAGGGCCUGGUGCAGAGUGAGCUAAUGCGACACCCCAGUGGCAAGGUGGGCUUCAGCAAGGCCAUGUCCAACAAGUGGAUCCGAGUGGACAAGAGUGCAGCUGAUGGGCCCCGGGUGUUCCAAGUGGUGGACAGUAUAGAGGAUGAGGUCCAGAGGCGGUUGCAGCUGGUCCAGGCAGGCCAGGCUGAGAAGCUGGCUGAGAAGGAGAGGAAUGAGCUCCGGAAGAGGAAGCUGCUGACCGAAGUGAUCCUGAAAACCUACUGGGUGAGCAAGGGCAAGGCCUUCAGCACAAGUGUGUCCAAGCAGGAGGCAGAGCUGAGCCCAGAGAUGAUCUCUAGUGGCUCCUGGAGGGACCGGCCUUUCAAACCCUAUAACUUCUCUGCCCGAGGUGUGCUCCCAGACAGUGGCCACCUGCACCCCUUGCUCAAGGUCCGCUCCCAGUUCCGACAGAUCUUCCUGGAGAUGGGGUUCACUGAGAUGCCUACGGACAACUUCAUUGAGAGCUCCUUCUGGAACUUCGAUGCCCUUUUCCAGCCUCAGCAGCACCCAGCACGGGACCAACAUGACACCUUCUUCCUGAAAGAUCCCGCCGAGGCCCUGCAGCUCCCAAUGGACUAUGUUCAGCGGGUGAAACGGACCCACUCCCAGGGUGGCUAUGGCUCACAGGGCUACAAGUAUAACUGGAAGCUAGAAGAGGCCCGGAAAAACCUGCUUCGCACUCACACCACAUCAGCCAGUGCCCGUGCCCUCUACUGCUUAGCCCAGAAGAAACCCUUCACACCCGCCAAGUACUUCUCCAUUGAUCGUGUGUUCCGGAAUGAGACGCUGGACGCCACCCACCUGGCUGAGUUCCACCAGAUAGAGGGUGUAGUAGCCGACCAUGGACUGACCCUGGGCCACCUCAUGGGUGUGCUGAAGGAGUUCUUCACCAAGCUGGGAAUCACCCAGUUGCGCUUCAAACCAGCCUACAACCCCUACACGGAGCCCAGCAUGGAAGUGUUCAGCUACCACCAAGGCCUAAAGAAGUGGGUAGAAGUUGGCAACUCUGGGGUUUUCCGCCCUGAGAUGCUCCUGCCCAUGGGGCUCCCCGAGAAUGUGUCUGUUAUUGCUUGGGGUCUCUCCCUGGAGCGCCCAACGAUGAUCAAGUAUGGCAUCAACAACAUCCGAGAGCUGGUGGGCCACAAGGUGAACCUGCAGAUGGUAUAUGACAGCCCUGUGUGCCGCCUGGAUAUCGAGCCCAGGUCUCCACAGACACAGGAGGCUGCGUGAUAUAGGCUGCCCCAGAGAGCUCUGUCCAGUCCCUGUGCAUCCCCCAGCGGUGACCUCGCUAAUAUUUAUGAGGCCUCUGUGAGGCUAGCUCACUCCCUCUGUCUCACCCACCCAGGGGCAGGGUCCUGAGUGCAGGAAGCAGGUUUCUUGCGCUGGUCUUUGGUGGUGUGUGUAGUGUUCUUGUAAGGGUGGAUUUGGGCCCUCCGGGUCAGCUGUUGUCUAAUAAAAUAGGCACUUUCAUGCGGUGCCUUUUGUUAGGAUUCUUUGUUGUUGUUCAUUUCAUUAGGUGACUUGUGGGUCUUGCCUUGCUUGGUGGGAGAAAACUGGGUGACAGUUCCUGGUAUGUUGGUUUGGAAGUCAGGGUUUUGGAUCCUCUAUGGUCUGAGAUUCUAGAAGGUCCCAGGCAGCCCAGGCAGGUCCGUGGUUCCAUUCAACACUUAUUUUUAAUGGAUAUGUGUCUGUCUGUUCAGGUGCAUGUGGAAAACAACCUUGGGUGUCAUCCUUAGGAACACUGUUCAUGUCCUGUGUGACAGGGAAGCUCCAGGGACCUUCCUGCCUCCAUCACUCCAGCUCUGGGAUUAUAAAUGCACAUCCCGUAUUUUUUAUGUGGAUUGAACUCCUACACAGCAAGCACUUAACUACUGAGCCAGCCCCUCACCCCUGGCAUUUACGAGUCACUGGUGCCCAGUCCUCGUCUAACUGAAUAGCACUGAAACUCUUUGAUGAAAGGACACUUUAGUGGGUGAUGGCCUAAAGCCAGCAUUCCCAUGCCUGGUAGGAGCAAGACUGUGGGGUGAGAAGCUGCUCUUAGUUUUCCCCCUAAUGAUCAAGUCUCCCAGCACUGGAGCAGCUGAAGCAGGGGCAUCAUGAGUUUGAGGCCAGCCUAGGCCACAUACUUAGACUGUUGAAUGAAAAAAAGAGAGAGGUUCAUAAACUCUGAGGAAAGAGUUGCAUAAAGCUUCAUGCACCUGCACUUUAACCUUCUUUUCUGGGCCUGCCUGUUUGUUUGUUUUUUAUGUUUAUGGUCGUUUUGUCUG